GAAGCAAAGUAGCAAACACAACCACCAGAGAGUCAAAGAACGCCAGACGCAUGCCCAACCCAAGAGAGCAUAUUCUCUUUCUUCCUCACGUUCUCGAACUCUCUUGAGCUUGUUCCUUCGGCCUUCGCUUUCUCUCCAAGUUUCCACAAUCUAUUUCUCUUUCAAAAUCACUUACUUGGUCCAUCUUCUUGUUCUUUUCGGUUAUGAUCUUCAAGAACUCUUCAAGACAUUUUGUUUUAAAGGGCAGCAUAGCCAAACAGCCGCUGAGUUGAAUUGGCAUCAUUCUUAUUGUGGGUUUCACACACAAAGGAGCUGGGAAGUAUGAUGAGAUUUCAUGUCUAAAGCUAAUAACUUAAUGGAUAGGAAACGGCAUAUUUCAAUUUUCACUACUGCCAGCCUUCCAUGGUUGACUGGUACUUCUGUGAAUCCUCUGUUUCGCGCGGCAUAUCUUUCUAAAGAUGGUAAAAAUGACGUCACUUUGGUGAUCCCUUGGAUAUCUUUCAAAGAUCAGGGUCUAGUGUAUCCAAAUAAUAUCACAUUCACUUCACCUUUAGAGCAAGAGAAAUAUGUCCGCUGUUGGCUUGAAGAGAGGAUUGUGUUCACAUCUUGUUUCAGUAUACGGUUCUAUCCUGGAAAGUAUUCUAGAGAUAAAAGGAGCAUCAUUGGAGUUGGAGAUAUUUCAGAAGCUAUCCCUGAUGAAGAGGCAGAUAUUGCUGUUCUGGAGGAGCCUGAGCACCUGACAUGGUUUCACCAUGGGAAAAGAUGGAAGAAUAAAUUCCAGUUAGUUAUAGGUAUUAUUCACACAAACUACGUGGAAUAUGUGAAGAGAGAGACUGAAGGAACAAUGCAAGCAUUUUUGCUCGAACAUAUAAAUAAAUGGCUUGUUGAUAUUUACUGUCACAAGGUUAUUAGACUUUCUGCUGCUACCCAGGAUUAUGAUGGUUCCAUUAUAUGUAACGUCCAUGGAGUGAACCCCAAAUGCCUUGCCAUUGGUAAGAAAAAGAUGGAACAACUGCAGAAUGGAGGUCAUGCCUUUACGAAAGGUGCCUACUAUAUUGGGAAGAUGGUAUGGAGCAAAGGCUACAAGGAGCUGAUCAGACUUCUCAGUGACCACCAAAAUGAUCUUGUAGGACUUGAGGUUGAUUUGUUUGGCAGUGGAGAAGAUUCAGAUGGAGUUCAAGAAGCGGUGAAAAACUUGGAACUGAUAGUUAGAGUUCACCCAGCACGUGAUCAUGUAGAUCCUAUAUUUCAUGAUUACAAAUUGUUUCUGAAUCCAAGCACAACAGACGUGGUUUGCACAACGACAGCAGAAGCUUUAGCAAUGGGCAAAAUUGUUGUAUGCGCCAACCAUCCCUCAAAUGACUUCUUCAAGCAGUUUCCAAACUGCAAGACAUAUGAUGACAGCAAUGGGUUCGUUAAAGCAACAGUUGAAGCACUAACCGAAGACCCUGCGCUACUUACUGAUGCUCAGAGAUAUGAGCUGUCCUGGGAGGCUGCCACAAAACGGUUUCUUGAUGCUGUUGAGUUGGACAAUCAUUUUGCCAGAAAAUUUUCGGAGAGUUCUUCUAGAAAAUGUAUGUCUGCAUCUUCAUAUUUGCAAAGAAAAGUGCAAGAUACAUCAGCAUGUCUUCAUCAAGCAGUUUCAGGGAGUGAAGUUUUUAGAAGACUAUUUGGAGCAAUUCCGGGUAGCUUGCAACCUGAUGAAGAGUUAUGCAAGGACCUUGGCUUAGCUAUUCAUCCAAAGAAGCAAAGGUGAAAUUAAUGUUGGAAUAUAUGGAGAUCAUUUUAAGUUGCCCGUGCCCUAGAGGUGCGGAAUGGUUUUUAGAUGCCAAGGAUCCCUUUCUUGUCACUCAGGAGAAGAUCUAUUGCCUGGAAAUUUAAUCUGUACAGAAGGCAGGAUUGAUCCACGGGCAACAUUGCUGAAACAAAGCUUUUGUAACUAUACAAGCAUGGAGAUUUAGGUGGUCAGAUUCGUUUGAUGUUGUCUUUCCUGUGAACACAAUAGUAUAAACUGCACCUUAUGUUCUAAACUGUGAUGGGGGUAUGUCUGCUUGCGCUGUAAGCCAGCAGUGGACUGAUGAACGCGGGGAAGAAAUGGAUCUAAUCAAUUGGUUUCUUUCCUGGCCAGUCUUGUGAAGUUGUGACGUCAUUGUUAGCAAGGACAAUAUGCGACAUGCGUUAUGCAAUAACCAAUGUAUACAAUAACACAGGUUUAACUCCAACCAAAAUGUUGAAUAUGUUACGGAAAUAGAAAGAUCUCUUGAUUUUUGACAGUGGGAAGUUUGCUUUUGGUCCAAUUCUGGACUUGUGGUUGAGAAAGCGAAUAUUCAUUGUUAUUAUUUUCAUCUUUAUCUCAAAUAUGAAAUACAAAAAGUGGAACGAAAAAACGCCGGGUUCAAACUCUGUA